AUGACUACGGUGCAAACUAUCAUUGCCAUUGCUGCAUCACAAAAUUUUCCUCUUCAUCAAAUGGAUGUCAAAAAUGUUUUUCUUCAUGGUUAUUUCAAAGAAGAUAUUUAUAUGAAACCCCCACCGGGUUUGUUCUUAUCACCUACAUCAGAUGUAUGCAAGUUGAAGCAGUCUUUAUAUGGAUUAAAACAAGCUCCAAGAGCAUGGUUUGACAAGUUUCAGUCUACUUUGCUUCAAUUCUCCUUUGAGCAGAGUUGUGUUCUUCUUUUGGUGUAUGUAGAUGCCAUUAUUAUCACAGGAACUGAUUCUUCACUAAUCACUAGCCUCCAGCAGCACCUUAAGGAUUCUUUUCAUACGAAAGAUCUUGGUGUGUUCUUGAACCAACAGAAAUAUACUCAGGACUUGAUUGCUUUGGCUGGUCUACAAGAAUAUUCCUCUGUAAAUACUGCAUUAGAAUUGAAUUUAAAGUACUGUCAUGCAGAAGGAGAUCUUCUUCCUGAUCCAACAUUGUAUCGGCAAUUAUAUGGGAGCCUAAAUUAUCUUACUAUUACUCAGCCUGAUAUCUCUUUUGUAGUUCAACAAGUGAGUCAAUUUAUGCAGGCUCCACACCAUCUACAUUUGGUGGCUGUCCGUCGCAUAAUUCGAUAUCUCUUGGGAACAUCUACUCGUGCAUUGUUAUUUCCUAGUGGUUCUGAGAUUCAGCUUAAUGCAUUUAGUGAUUCUGAUUGGACUGGAUGUCCUGAUACUCGUCGCUCCGUCACGGGUUGGUGUAUGUUUCUUGGAGAUUCCUUGAUAUCUUGGAAGAGCAAGAAGCAAAACCAUGUAUCAAAAUCUUCCACCGAAUCUGAAUAUCGAGCAAUGUCUACUGAUUGCUCUGAGAUUGUUUGGCUUCGUGGUUUACUUGCAGAAAUUGGAUUUCCUCAAUCUAAUCCCACUCCUCUCCAUGCUAACAACACAAGUGUUGUUCAGAUUACUACUAAUCCAGUUAUCAUGAAAGGAUCAAACACAUUGAAGUCGACUGUCAUUAUAUCAGAGAAGCUGUAG